UACUGCCAGCAAAAUCGGAAAGGUUGACAGUACACCGAUUCUCAUUUGACGCAAUGUUUAAAGUUAUAAUAUUAAUUCUAACAGUUGGGACUGUAAAAGCUGGCUUAUCAGCCGGAUGUCCAGACGGAUGGCUUACACACGGAGGUAUGUGCUACCUGUUUAGUCAUGGGCGAGAGGACUGGCCCGGAUCCUAUGAAAUGUGUAAAAUAAUGGGAGGACAGUUGAAAUUGAGAGUGCAGCCGAAAAUAAUUACAUCGUAUUACAAGCAAAACCCGACCAUUAUUGGAUUGGAUUGAGUGACGCAAGUGA